UCUCCUGUUUUUUUCCCUCGCGUCUCCUUCACCAGCUGGUCCCUCGUCGUGCCUACCUUUGGUGUUCGUCAGGAAUGCGCUGUGGGUUUUCGGAUUAUUGUGGGAUCAGACCUUUCAAUAAAUCGAUUUCAGCUCUCCCUGCUUCAGCAUGGACUGUGUGAUGCGUUAAGAGUAAGACAGACAUGCGUGCACUUGCACUUUCAUUCUCAGCUGAGUUCACGGUUCCACCUCGCGGCAUACAACGGCCCUUCUCUGAUGAUCCGAUCUGUUAAAAGAUCGAGAUUUUCAGCGCGAACAGGAGUUUCGUAGAACUUCCCGCUCCACCCCCAUUUUUCUUCUCAGACUAUCAAGAGAAACUGAACCCGCUUUGGAUUCCUAGCAGUUCCCUUUCUCUGAAUCAGUUUCGUUCCUGAGCUACAAAGAGCCCGUGACCUCUCUCUCUCUCUCUCUCUCUCAGUGUGCAAAGAGACAAAGUUGUUAUUAGCUAUAAAUUACCACCAGAAUUUGGGGCUUUACCUGCAUUUUGUGUGUUUUUAUGUUUACUUUCGCCGACUGCAUAGAGACAAAGUUGUACACGAUUACUCCAUCCAGGUCCACCAGUUUGUACAGUGUCCAAGGCUUACAAUCCUGCUCUCGUUUUACUGUUAAAAUCUUCAGCGGCUGAUCCCUGAUUUCACCUAUACGACGAUAUCUUUCUAUUUUAUUGCCUUUCGUGUCUGCCUAUGGUUUAAAUACAUUAAUGGUGACAUUAUUUGUCCCUGAAACAAAAUGUGGGAUUGUACCAGCACUGCUAGUUUUCAAGGCGCUGUCCUCGCCCAGCAUCUCAGUGUCCUGAACUGAAUUUAGUUUAAUUGUCGAGUCCGUUUACUGUGACCACCAUUACGCAAGUAGCAGAAGGGCAUGUUGCAGUGGGGCAUUUCGUUUGCAAAAAGGAUCGUCUUUCUGAUGUCUUGUAGCUUUCAUUCCACUUUUGGGAAUGAUAGUUUCAGGGCUUGAUAUAAGUGGCCAAGUAGUCAUCCUCUCAUGGUUCUUGAAACCUGGUGCAGCUGUCUCAACAAGUCACCAAGUCACAGGAUUGUGGUCCAGGUCAUCCCCCCAUCCGCUGGCUUCAACAGCAGUAUUCUUGCUUCAACAAGUGACCUUUCUACAGUUUUAGCUCAAAGAUUAUGAUACAAGCAUGACUGGUUCUUGAACACUAUACAAGGCUUUGGAGAGAUGGGAUGUGCUGCUUCCAGGUUAGAAGAUGAGGAGGCUGUCAAGAUGUGCCGGGACAGAAGGGACUUGAUCAAGCAGGCACUGGAGCAGCGCAACCGAUUUGCAUCUUCCCACAUUGCUUACAUUGAGUCCCUGAAGCGUGUUUCGGUGGCUCUCCAACGGUUUGUUGCCGGAGAUGAUCACCAUGAGCUAAUCUUCGAUACAUUCAUCUCCCCUAUCAAGCAACAGAAGCCAGAGAUGCUUGGUCUGCCUUAUGGUUCAUAUGAGAAGAGAACUAUUCAUGUUUCAAGGUACCUGAGGUCAGGGCCUAACCCAUCAGUGUCCAUUGAGGAGCACCCACGUCCGGUGGAAACAGUCCGUGUCGAGUCAAAUUACCCUAUGGACAACGACAGUGUCAUGGUGGAUAGAUUCCUACCAACACCCUCUUCACCAGUGAGAUCGUCUUCAUACUACCCGCCACCUUAUAACAGGCCAAGCUACCCACCUCCAUUGGACCAGGAAACAGUUAGAAAUUCUUCCUAUUGCAUGCCUUAUGACAGGCCAAGCUAUGCACCUCCAUCAACCCAGGAGACAAUGAGGACUUCUUAUUAUGCAUCUUAUGACAGGCCAAGCUACCCACCACCAUCACCCCAGGAGCCACUGAGAAAUUCAUAUCACGUGCCAUAUGACACAAGCUACCCACCUCCGUCACCCCAGGAGCAGGAAGCAUCACCGUGGGACUUCUUCUGGAACCCAUUCUCAUCAUUGGACAGCUUUACAUAUCCCCGCCCUCGGAGUAGCUAUGACAAUGUGGUCACUGAUGAUGAACUCGCGAGGUUACAACGGGUACGAGAGGAGGAAGGAAUCCCAGAACUUGAAGAGGAAGAUGAUGAGUGUCAAGAGCGUGUACAGAUGGACAGAAAAGAGGAAAAAGAAGAGCACGACAAUGCAGAUGAUGAUGAAGACGAUGAUGAAGACGAUGGCGAGGAAUGUGAGCAUUCAGAUGAGUGUAUGGUUUCUAAUGUGAAUUUCGAUGCCAAUAUGAAGCAAGAAACAAAGGGAUUUGAAUCCAAAGGUAUUCAGUGUACUGAAGCACCAGAACCUUGCAAGACAGUAGAACUUGAGAUAAAGGCACACAAGAAAGAGUUGAUGAGAAACAGAGUAGCAAAUGCAGAAGAAACUCCUGGUUUCACAGUAUAUCUGAAUCGAAGGCCAGCAAGCUUGGUUGAGGCCAUGAAGGACAUCGACUGUCAGUUCUCGGGGAUAUGUGACGCUGCUCGGGAAAUCUCAGUAAUGUUGGAGGCAAGUAGAGCUCAGUACUCAACCUCAAACGAUCUUUCUGCGAAGAUGCUGAACCCAGUUGCACUUUUGCGUUCUGCGUCAUCCCGUUCAUCAUCAUCUCGUUUCCUUCUUGCUCCCUCUAGCUCAAUAGAUGAUCUCUUUGACAAUGAGACUAGCAGCUGCUACUCUGAAGAAUCUUGCAGUACCAUGUCUGGAAGUCACCACUCUACCUUGGAUAGACUCUAUACAUGGGAGAAGAAAUUAUACAAAGAAGUAAAGGCAGGUGAGCGGUUAAGAAUCGAGUAUGAGAAGAGGCUGACACAUUUGAGGAACCAAGAUGUGAAAGGCGAAGAACCUACCUCUGUUGAUAAGACUUGUGCAGCAUUGAGAAGCUUGCAUACUCGGCUGAAGGUGUCAAUACACACAGUUCAGUCAGUAUCAAGGAGGAUUGAAAUUCUAAGGGAUGAGGAGCUGCAUCCUCAGCUUAUGGAGUUGAUUCAAGGGCUAUCGCGGAUGUGGCGCGCCAUGGCUGAACGCCACAAAGCUCAGAAGCGCACCAUCGAGGACGCCAAACUUCUCUUCCUCCAGCACCACCCCUCGGCCGCCACGGCUAUCUCCCUUGGUCCGCUGGAGGCCGCAACUCCCCCUCCGGCUGCCUUGGCACUGGAAUCCGAGAUCCAGGCCUGGCGAGGAGCCCUAGAGACAUGGCUGUUUGCGCAGCGCGCCUACGCGCGCGCGCUGGCCGCGUGGGCGCGACGAUGCCUCGGCAUCGGCAGCGCGGCGCGGCCCAGCCACCCGCUGCCGCCGGCGUUCCUAGUGUGCAUGGAAUGUGGGCGCGCGGCUGACACGGCCACCGAGGCACGAGUGAUAGACGGGUUGGACUUCUUCGUGGCUGGUGUCGGGUCGGUGUGCUCAGGCGCGGCCACCGGGAUGGAGGGCAUGGCUGGGCGGGUGCUGUGUGCUGGCAUGGCGGCGGUCACUGACGCCAUGGCGGAGUUCGCGGCGGCGUCUGCGGACAGCUACGACGCGGCUGUCACAGCUGUGAUCGCCGCGGCGCGUGCGCCGGAGCGCGGGAAGGAGAACGGCAUGGGGCAACUGCAACGCUAGGAAAAUGCUGCGGCAGUUGAUUUGUUGGAGUGGCUCACCUUGUGGUAACGAUGAGUAGGAGAUGAAAUUAAGCAUGCAGUUAAAUGUGUAGUCUUGUGAUUGGUAAGAAUGCUAUUACUCCCUCCGUUUCUUUUUAUUUGUCGCUGGAUAGUGCAAAAUUACACUAUCCAGCGACAAAUAAAAAGAAACGGAGGGAGUACAAGGCUAUCUAUGCUUGCUACUGAUUGAUUAUAGGUUCAGCGUCUGUGGUAUUAUCCCAAGGAGAGAACGCGAGCACUGUUGUAGAUUCA